AGCCGGAUGAAUGAAGCUCAUGAUGAAGCUAGCUGAGUUAAGCUAACACACCGGUGCUGAGAAAAAACAGGAUAUAAAACAAAUUAUGCGAAUGUGAAUAAGAGUUUGUUGUGUGUUUUAAAAAAGGCCUUUAAUCUGCUGUUUGUUCCAGGACACUGGCUUUGACACGGUGAUAUUACGCGACUGUCAAAAUAAAAAGGCAUGUUCACAGGCUACUCAUGUGACCCAGCGCUCUGUCAGCAAAAUGACAUCUAAAAGACCUGCUAUAGUGAACCCCAUUGUCAAACCUCAUGCCUCUGUGCCUCACUGCACACCAGCAGAUCCAACCAUGCCACUCCAGUUUGUGUAUAGCAACUGGGACUUUGUCACAGAUGUGCAUCGGAGCAGCGAAAGCAGACUUGGGGUUGAAUCACCACCAACCAACUUUGACGCGACCAUCCAGUCCGGCUGGACAGACAGGAUGAACAGGGGGCUCUUCCGCUACCAUCUGGGUGAUUUACAAACGCGUAUCCUGCCGGGUCCGCAUGGCUAUGUGGCCCAGCUGAAUAUUCAAAGAGGAAUAGAGAGAAGAAAGCCUCAGGAGAUACUCAGCAUUCAGCAGGAGUUCAGUGCCAAGCAGUUUAAUUUUAACAAAAUCAAUCCAGAGGAAAUCAUAUUUGAGAUGAUUAAGGACGCUGAGGGAGGACAUGAAAAAGGACAGGUGCAUCAACCCUGCAGGAUGGUUGUGCUGGUCAAUGUCAGCCCUUUGGAGUUUGGACAUUGUCUCUUUGUUCCAGAUCCUUCACGCUGUUUCCCACAGGUCGUGACGAAGUUCGCCCUCCAGGGUGGUAUUGAAUCUGUGCUCCUGAGCUCUGAUCCUGGCUUCCGUGUGGGGUUCAAUAGUCUGGGAGCGUUUGCGUCUGUCAAUCAUUUGCACCUACACGGGUACUACCUGGAUCAUGAGCUCAAGUUAGAAUCGAUGCCAGUCAAACCGCUGGUCCCGGAAAAGGGGUUUUAUCACUUGUUGGACUUUCCUGCAGGCUUUUUGUUUUACACAGAAUCAGAGGGGGUGGAGAAAGUUGCAGGAGCAGUCUGUCAAGUCACAGACUUUCUCGUGGACCGUAAUAUUGCUCACAACCUGUUCUUGACUAGAGGAUGUCCGCCCUGUGAUCGCAUACAGAACGAAAAGGAUCACAGUUCGAGAAAGGGUGUUCGUAUAGCUGUAUGGCCCAGAGCAUCGUGCUUCGGUGCCAAGGAGGAGUCUGCCUUCAAUGUUGCGCUCUGUGAGCUGGCUGGACAUUUACCAUUUAAGAACAAGAAGGACUACGAGCUCACUUCUGAGAGCGAUGUAAUAGGUAUCAUCCAGCAGUAUCUGUUGCCUGACGCAGAGUUUCACACGCUGGAACAGCAGCUUACUCGUCAUUUGUUGGAUUUAUAGUGUGUAGACAUUAAAGACUUUUUAAAUCCUGUGCUGGGUGUUCAAAUCAACCAGAAGCUACGCAUUCUUCACAGGUUCUGUAAUAUGUUCAGGCUUUUGUUGACAUCAAUAAGUAAAAGGAAUAUCUUUACACUUGGUUAUACUUUGGGAACUAUAAAUCUUCUGUCCUGUAUCUGGCCUAAACAAAACACUGGAUGAGCACAAAAUAUCUUCUUAUACAAAUAUAUCAGUCAGAAUAAACUGUAUUUAAUGGACGACUUGAUGUGCUGUAUUAAAACUUGUGUCAAAUAAACUGCCAAAAAAACUUUA